AUGAGGAUGGGCAGCGGCGGGUCGUCGGGGGGCCGGGAGGAGCGGCUGCCCUCCGCCUGCGAGGAGCAGCUGAGCGGCGGGGACCAGAUGCUGGAGCUGACGGGGCGCCACUUCAGGCGCCUGCCCGGCCCGGUGUGCGCCCUCAGCGGCCUCCAGAAGCUCUACAUCAGCGGCACGGGCAUCAAGGAGCUGCCUGAGGAGAUCGAGGGGCUGCAGGAGCUGCGCAUCCUGGCCCUGGACUUCAACAAGCUGGAGGAGGUGCCCGAGGCCCUGUGCCGCCUGCCCCACCUCACCCGCCUCUACCUGGGCAGCAACCGCCUCUUCGGCCUCCCGGCAGAGUUCGCCCAGCUCCAGACGCUCCGCUGCUUGUGGAUCGAGAGCAACUACCUGUACCACUUCCCCCGGGCCCUGCUCCAGAUGCCUUGGCUGCAGUCCCUGCAGAUGGGGGACAACCGGCUCAAAACGCUGCCCGGCGGCCUGCCGCGCAUGAGGGGGCUGCGGGGUCUCUGGCUCUACGGGAACCGCUUUGAAGAAUUCCCCAAGCCUUUGCUUCGCAUGACCCAACUGCACAUCCUUGACCUCGACCGCAACAAGCUUACUGAGUUCCCAGACCUGACCCACCUGCGGACGCUUCGAGUCUUCUCCUACGACCACAACCCAGUGGAAGCGCCGCCCAGCGUGGCCGACACGGUCAUGGUGGUGGGGGAAGGGGCCCAGGAAUUUCUGGAGGCGAGGGAGGAACGUCUCCAGAAACUUCGGGAGCAGGAAGAGGAAGAGCAGGAGGAGAACGAGUCUGAAACUCUGCAGGCCAAUAUGAAAAACGACUCUUCUGUGUUGGAUGACGGUGAGGGCAGCUACUCUGCCCUGGAAUGCUCUCCAGAAGAGACAUGACAUGGA